GUCUCGGCAGCGCGCAUCCAUCUCCAGCAUCUCCAGACACACACACACACACACACACACACAGUCUCCUCUCCAUCCAGCCUUCAUCCUUCCGUGAUUGUGUCGCAGGAGGACUGAAGCAUGGGGGAACAUGGAACAGCGCGGUGCUGCGCCUCCUAAAAACGAGCCGCCCACAGACCUCCUGCUCUCCAUCCAUCCUGAGGAGCUCGGAAGCUCGGGAGAUCAGAGGCACUAACCGGAAAAAGAUACUUACCUGAACCAACAAACAUGGAUUCAUCGCCAAGCAGUCAGCAGUAUGGUACCAAAAAACGCGUCAAAAUACACCCAAAUACCGUCACGGUAAAAUAUGCCACGCACUUCCCCCAGCCGGGUGAUGAGGGCUAUGACGAUGCACCUUCUUUUGAAGACUUUGGCUCCUUUCUGGAAACCAAUCCCAGCAAAAAGUUGGUGACAGACUCUGGCCAUGGCAGGACUUUCUUUGGAACUAUGGAUGUGCGUCCUAAACCCUCAGGAGAGCAAAAGGAUAAAGGAGUAGGCGGCCAGCUGGCGAGUUUUGGCGAAGCCUCGGUUUUAGCCUCGCGGGUCACCUGGGGGGCGCUGUUUGGCGCUGCGGUAGCUCACGGCUGCGUAGCUCUGAUUACACGUCUCGCAGCCGAUCGCUCCAAAGUGCCCUCCUUGGAGCUCAUUUUCAUCCGCUCAGUAAUUCAAGUGUUGUCCAUAGUGGUGGUCUUGUACAACAAGGAAGCCCCAUUCGGCCCGAAGGGAUACCGUUUGCGACUCUUCUUUUACGGGGUUUGCAACGUCAUUUCAAUCACCUGCGCAUACACGUCGUUUGCUAUCGUCCCACCGAGCAAUGGGACCAUCAUGUGGAGAGCCACGACAACGGUGUUCAGCGCCAUCUUGGCCUUCCUGCUUCUGGAUGAGCGCCUUGGGUACACGGAUAUAAUCACAGUGGUGGGCAGCCUCUUUGGGCUGUGCCUGGUAAUGAUCCCUAACAUUGCUGACGAGGAGAAAUCACCCCUUGGUUUCUGGAAGGAGGCAUUUGGGUACACUAUGACGGUGAUGGCCGGGCUCACGGCGGCCCUCUCGAUGAUCGUGUACCGUGCCAUCAAGGAGCGUGUCAGCAUGUGGACGGCGCUGUUCACAUUCGGCUGGACAGGAACCGUGUGGGGGGCAUCCACGAUGUUUGCCAUGCAGGAGCCAAUCAUCCCUUUGGAUGGCGAGACAUGGGGCUACCUGAUUGGCAUUUGCAUCUGCUCGACCGUGGCGUUCCUUGGGGUUUACUACGCCCUGAACAAGUUUCAUCCUGCCCUAGUGAGCACCGUGCAGCACCUGGAAAUUGUCGUGGCCAUGUUCCUGCAGCUCGUCGUGCUGCGUAUGGUGCCAUCUGCUUACGACAUCUUCGGCGCAUUGGUCAUCAUGAUCAGUGUGUUUGUUCUCACGGGCCUCAAGCUUUACUGGGUGGGACGUGCCAUUCGACAGGAUUACCAGGAGAUCUUGGACUCGCCGAUCAAAUAAGGAUGCCACUGACGUAUCUGUGUGUGUUUGUUUGUACACUAUGUGUGUGUGUGUAUGUGUGUGUGUGUGUGUGUGUGUGUGUGUGUGUGUGUGUGUGUGUGUGUGUGUAUCACAGUGUUUCCCCAGGCAUCCCCACAUCCACAGGCACUCUAAAUGUGCAAUCGAUGAAUGUCUUAAUAUUCUAUUUAUUUUGUAUUGUGUUGUUGAAAGAGUGCCAAUGAUAUUAUGUCUUUGCUAAGUGUUGAUGUGUGAAAUAAAAAAAUUUAAAAAAG